CCAUUUGUCCUCGGGAGUAGCUCAACCGCUCCAUUCAUUCACCCGCUCGCACCUUGAUCUCGUCCGCCGCAGUUCCCUGUUCCACCAGAUCCGCACUCUCCCUCUCCGCCGCGUAAGUUCGCCCUAGCCGCUAUCACCAUGGCAGCGUCUACCGCGUGCACGCUCGGAGCGGCCGUGGCCUGGCAGGCGGCCGCCAAGAUCGACCGCGCGGCGGAGCUGCUCUCCUCCGCCAGCUGCGCCGCCAAGAUGCCGCUCCGCCUCGUGCCUUCCGCCAAGGCCUCGCUUCAGGCCAGCGCCUCUUCCCGGCGAGUCACUCGCUGCGCCGCCGCCGACAACACAGCGGCAGCGGCGUCGGCUGCCACGGAGGCGCCAGCAGCGGAGAUCACGGACACGUCAGCGUUCAUUGCUGACGUGGCCAGCCUCAUCAAGCUGGUGGAUUCGCGCGACAUAGUGGAGCUGGAGCUCAAGCAGGCGGGGGUGGAGAUCCUCAUCCGGAAGAAGGAGGCCCUUCCCGCUCCCGCGCCCCCCCCCGCGCCCGCUGCGCCUGCCUACCCCGCCUAUCCCCCGCCCCACAUGAUGGCGCACUCCCCCUACGCUGAAGCCCCGCCCCCUCCCGCCGCCGCCGCUCCCGCCCCUGCUGCUAGCAAGCCCGCUGCUGCGCCCGCUGCCCCUGCGCCCCCCCCGCCCGUGACCCUUCCGCCCAUGGUUUCCCCCAUGGCGGGGACCUUCUACUCCUCCCCCGCCCCCGGCGAACCCGCCUUCCUCAAGGUUGGCGACACGGUGACCAAGGGGCAGGUGGUGUGCAUCGUCGAGGCAAUGAAGCUCAUGAACGAGAUCGAGGCGGACCAAUCGGGCACGGUGGUGGCCAUUCUCGCCGAGGACGGCAAACCUGUGGCUGUCGGCGCGCCCCUAUUUACGAUCAAGCCAUGAGCUUCAAUCUAGGCGUCCAUGUAUCUCAAUAUAUUAAUCCAUUUUUAUGUGGUGGAUUCGAAGACUGAUCGUUAUCCAGCUAGUUCACCCAUGUAGCGUCCAGGGGCCAGGAUUUUUUGCAUGUUCCAGGCCUAAUUUGCCUGCUUGGGAUUUAGGAUUCUUGCUCUCCUAACAAGGGGAAAUAACCCCAAGAAUUAAAGAGUUGCGUUGCAUGGCAGUUGUAUGGCCUAACAUCAUCACAAACC